GUUGGCUUGGUCGCGUUACCAAUGUUCUAUAUCUCGCACGUAUAUACUUAAGAACGGUUUUUGAAGACAGUCUUAGCACCAACUUCCGUCUUCGCCAUGUCAACUGGUGACAUUGUUGAUUGUUCGGGCAGUCCUUGUUCCAGUUCUGGUCGUCAUCAGGCUUAUUGUCGACCAUGGUAUAACGAUCGACUUCAGAAGGGCAGUGUACAAAGAAACUUGACCUUUUCGGUGUUCAGGGAAGGGAGAGAUGUACGUAGAAGCGUGCUAAUAAGAGCUGGCAAUCACAAAGGAGUAGGAUUCAGUGUCUUUUCGAACCGAUGCUGGGGAAAACAAAGCCUGCUUAUGAGUGACUGUCAUUGCCAUAGUGCGGGGCUUGACGAAUCUCGAUUUGUAGGCGAACGAGAAACACUAGAACAGACCACGCAUGGGUUUGAAAGGCUGUCUCAACGCGUUCAACUCGCUUUCAGGCCCUUUGUUUAGGAAAACAAAGCAAAGCCUCGCUUACUCCACGACACGAAGGUUCUUAAUCUUCAUCUAGAUCCACUGAGGAACGUGCAAGAAACGUUGACCCUAAAAAGCUUGCUUCCAUCCACGCCACUUCUCGCUCGCUCGCUACCCACCUCAGCCUCCUUACCUUCCCACUUCAAUGGCUCAGUUCUCCAACUCUUUCUUUUCUAGCGCAUCCCACCUCAAUAUCUCAGGUGGUGAAUUCAGCAAUGUCAAUGGAAAUCAGACCAAGAACGUUCACCAUGACACAUCUAACAUCACUGGAUCAUAUAAUACGAAUACGACGACGAAUACGAAUUCCGGGAAUUGGAAUUACAGUUCGAAAAACGAAAGCAGGGACAACCGUCAAGUUUAUCAAGACCGCAGAAGAGUGGAUGGUUCAUCGUGGAAUAAUAGUGGAUCGGGUGGAUAUGCCACUCGUGAGCAGCCCUGGGCACAGGGCAACGCACCUCGGUCGUACCAACAACCGCAGCAGCCAGUACAGACUGCUUACCCGCAGCACCGAACGAUCGAAGCCCUGCCCAAAGCCCAACCCAGACCUUUACCUGUCCAACAUGCCAGGCAUGCGAUUACUGAUGGUGAUGGUGGUGAUGGCUACAGUGGCCAAGACAAAGUCCUGAAUGACCAGAUUAUGGCGUCGUUGAAAGUGAAGCCAAAUGUAGAGAGGGUCCCUAGACAAGUUGGUGUUGGUGCACGGCCGGGGUCUGCACCAGUUCCGGAAGUCUCACAAUCACAAUCACAAUCGCAGCUACGCCGGCAAGCUCAAGAAGUUAAGCAGGUGUCUGCGGCUUCGACCUCGGUUCUCCAAGUUCCACAGGUGAACAUGAACUCGCCUCGACCUCUUCCACCGGUGGUACAGGCGAACCCUUUUCGCCGGUUGAUGAUGACACAAACACAGAAUGGGUUGGGUGCGAGUUCGGGUGCGAGUACUAAGGUUGAGAGCGGUGGAAGAGAGGAAGUUCAGGUUCCGGUUUUGCCACAAGCUCCUGCGCCUGAGUUACUGCCGUCGUUGUCUCCGUCGUUAUCCCCGUCCGAGUCGCCGUCACCGACACCGACACCAUCGCCUUCGUCGAAGCCGUCUCUUUCAACAGACCCCCAAGUGCCGGUGAUCCCUCAUAAUCAGGGAAGCGUCACUGGGUCUGGGUCUGGGUCUUCCUCUUCCUCUUCCUCUUCCUCUGUUAACCAGAACCAUCCGAGUCGUGAUGAGACGAAGAUAGAGGUACUGAAAGCGGCGCAUAGUCAGCCUGCCAGUGAGGUUCAAUCUCAGGCUCAGGCUCAGGCUCAGGCUCAGACCCAUUCUCUUAAUCUCAGUCGAGUUCCUACGAGAACUGACCUCAAGUACCACCUAGAGCCCGAGACGAAUCCGGAGCUACAGGUUAAAUAUCAGGAGAGUCAUAAAUCCAAGCAUGGAAAGGGGUGGAAGUUUUGGAAGAAGAAGGAGAAGAGGGUGAAGGAGAGGGUUUGAAGCUUGAGGCCGAGGGUUCGGAUCCGGAUUCGACUUGAAUUGCGAGAUUUUAGUGAUUUCGUUUGCCAUUUACCUCGUUGGGGGGUUCGCAGGAUUUUCCUGGCUGGACCGGGAACGGUGUAUGAUGAUUGUUGGAG